ACACCACCACCACCACCACUGUAACAUACGUUUCAAUCUCUACGACAUUUUUACUAUGACACUAGCGAAGCAUUCUUCCAACAACCAGGCUUCCGCACGCGAAUUCAAGCACCGAGUUCUUACAUGUCUCAACAAACUAUCUGACCGUGAUACGCACUCCGCCGCCGCCACGGAACUCGAAUCUAUUGCCAAAACCCUAAAUCAUGAUUCGAUCUCCCCGUUUUUAUCCUCCAUUUCCGCAACCGACUCAUCGGACAAAUCCCCCGUCCGUAGACAAUGCGUUCGCUUAAUCUCUACUUUAUCAGAAGCACACGGCGACGCGUUAUCUUCUCAUUUGUCAAAACUCCUUUCCGCCGUCAUACGGCGCCUCCGUGACCCCGAUACAGCCGUUCGCUCCGCAUGCGUUGCUGCCACAGGCUCAAUCGCCUCUCACGUCACUAAACCUCCGUUUACGUCUGUUGCUAAACCCUUGGUUGACGCUCUGGUUACCGAACAGGACUUGAACUCUCAGAUCGGCGCGGCUCUGUGCUUGGCUUCGGCUGUUGAUUGCGCGCCGGAUCCGGAAUAUGUUUACUUGAGGCGGAUGCUACCGAGGAUCGAGAAGUUGUUGAAGUGCGAUAGUUUUAAGGCUAAGGCGGCUUUGUUGACGGUCUUAGGGAGUGUGAUCAGCGUCGGUGCCGCAUCGAGUCCAGCAAUUGUGAAGAAUUUGGUGAAUAUUUUGGUUGAAUUCGUGAUGAAGAGCGAGGAUUGGAGUGCGAGGAAAGCGGCCACGGAGGCUCUAGAGAAAUUGGCUGUGGUAGAGACGGAACUGUUGUCGGGAUUCAAGGCUCCGUGCUUGAAGAUCUUCGAGGCUAAAAAGUUCGAUAAGGUCAAAAUUGUAAGGGAAACGAUGAAUCAGAUGAUAGAAGCUUGGAAGGCAAUUCCCGAUGUACCUGAAGAGGUACUAACACCGCCGGAAUCCCAAUCGUCUUCUAAAGCAGCUGAAGUUGCCAGUGAUGGAAGAUAUCCACCAAGAACUCCUCAGAUAACUGACAAGAGAACCGUGCUCAAUGGUUCCGUCACUGCCAAUGCAACAAGACGAAUUUCAUCAGAAAAUAGCAACAAGAAAGCUGGUCCCGCAAUGUUCCGGAAGUUGGAGCGCAAGAAGAACCAUGAUCAGAAACUUGGCAUUGCUGCUCCUCCUCCCCUUGCAACUCCGUUGGCUGUGGAUGAUGAUCGUCUUAACAAUAGAUCUGCAAGAUCAGAAACAAAAAGAGCCCUCUUCAAUGAGAUUGUUGAUGAAGAAAUGCAUAAAUCGUAUCACAAUGCGAGAAUAAGUUCCACUGAUGUAGGCAGCAAUUUCACUGUGGAUAUCCACAAGAACCAUAAAGAUUGUGAAGAAUUAUCUAUGAUUCGCAAUCAGCUUGUUCAAAUCGAAACCCAGCAGUCAAAUUUGUUUGAACUCCUCCAGAAAUUUAUUGGAAGCUCACAGACUGGGAUGCAAUCGCUGGAGACACGUGUGCAUGGUCUAGAGUUAACACUAGAUGAGAUCUCAUUUGACUUGGCCAGGUCAACUGGAAGGUUGUCUAAUCCAGAACCUACAGAAACUGUGUGCUGCAAGUUACCGGGGGCAGAAUUCUUGACCUCUAAGCUUUGGAAGAAAACAGAGAUUCACCAUUCAAACGCUAGAAUUUCUUCAGCCCCAUUUGCAAACAUGAAUCUUGAAUCAAGUAACCCGGAGAAUAGGGGAUUUUGGCGCCAGGGAGGUGGUGGUAGUGGGUUAAUCAAGAAUCCGUUGGCAGAGGUCCGCAGCAGCAGCAUCUCCCACGCGACUUAUGAUCGCAAAUAGUAUCUGAUGCCAUCCAUACUAAUACCAUGCUCUACUAUAUCGUCAUUUUCCCGAUACUUUCUACCUACCUAUUAGCGUUUGCCGCUAGCUAGUUUUUAUAAAUUCGUUCUAGAACCAAGAACCAGAAACGAGUGCAUUUUGAGAAGCUGCGGUUGUGAAUAUAUGAUGCUGAUAUUACGGCUGGUUAUCUUUCCUUGCGUUGAAUUGGGUUGGGUUGGGUUGGGUUGAGGAUUUUAGGAAAAAAGGAAGCUGAAUAUUGCUACAUAAGAGAGGAAACUAUUGCUAUGAGUACUGGGUUUGUAAAUACAUGAACAUUAUUGUGCCUUUUUUUAGGGAUCAAAUUGAUACAAUGGGAUUUGGCGCGUUUUGCAUUUCUAUUUAUGUAUUUGUUCGUUGAUUAAUGAAGACAAUUUACAGGC